AUGAGUUAUUAUCAAAGCCAUAAUAACACUUUGACGUUACCGACAGUUACAACACGUUCACUAUCUAAUAACGUCAGUUUUUACGCUUCCCUUUCAAUCGGCGAACGGUUUGAACGACUGGGGUCGGGCCAAGAACUUGAUUUAUUUGGCACCAGCGUAAGCCGAACAUCCGUAAAAUCACAAAUGAGUAUGGGUAAAGUUUUCCACACGCUCACGGUCUUCUUUCAUGAAGACGGACUAUUGGUUCUUACCAUGUCAUGUUUUGGUUCUGUGAGUGUCCUGUUGUAUACUUUCCAAACAAGAUAUAAGUUUCGAGGACCAACACCAGUGGUUUGCUGCACUGCCACAAUAUGUGUUAGCUCGAUUGCUCUACGAGAUAUAUAUCAGAUGAACCCUGUGCAGAUUUUAGGUCCUAUCGCAAUUUCUAGCUUGUUAUGUACAUAUUUCAUACUCGAAUUAUAUUAUGCUAUGGGCGUCAUGACAAUUGAUGACUAUAUACUGGCAUACAUAUCACUUUAUAUCGACUUGGCAUAUCCAAUUAACUGCCUGCAUCAUUUAUGCGAGAUAUCGGAAAACGUGGAUGACUUUACAGAAUAUUUUAACCCAGAUCCGCUUAGGAACCAUGGUUGA